AUGAGCGCCAUCGCCUCCGCCUCCGCCUCCCUCAGUCUCCGGCAUCUUCGCAGCUUCCCUUGUGGUGUCCCGUCUCUUCUCUUCUCAUCGUAUUCCUCCAUCUCAUUUCAUCACCCCUCUCCACGCCUCUGCUUCUUCCUCCGCCGCAACUUCCGCCGUCGCCAACUCUUCGUCAACCGUCCCUACGCUGCAAACUGCAGUUCAUCACCAGGUUAUACCUCUGGUUCGAAUUACGACGUUAUUGUGGUUGGAGCGGGACACGCUGGAUGCGAAGCGGCUUUAGCCUCUGCUCGAUUGGGAGCUAGUACUCUGCUUCUCACAUUAAACCUCGAUAGAAUAGCUUGGCAGCCUUGUAAUCCAGCAGUAGGUGGACCAGCAAAAUCACAAUUAGUACAUGAGGUUGAUGCACUAGGAGGUGAUAUUGGCAAGGUUGCUGAUAGAUGCUAUUUACAGAAGCGUAUCCUAAAUGUCUCAAGGGGCCCUGCUGUAAGGUCAUUACGUGCACAGACCGACAAAAGGGAAUAUGCCAUGGAGAUGAAAAAGAUAGUGGAAAGCACUGAAAAUCUCUGUAUUAGAGAGGCAAUGGUAACAGAUAUCCUAGUUGGGAAGAAUGACAAUGUGGAAGGCGUAGCCACAUUUUUUGGGAUGAACUUUUAUGCACCUUCUGUUAUUCUCACCACUGGAACCUUUAUGAGUGGGAAGAUUUGGGUCGGUAGAAAGUCUAUGCCAGCUGGAAGAGCUGGCGAGUCAGCUUCACAAGGAUUGACAGAGAAUUUGCAGCAACUUGGAUUUGAAACAGAUCGCUUAAAGACUGGUACUCCAGCGCGUGUGGAUCGCCGGACUAUAGAUUUUUCCAAUUUGGAGGCUCAAUAUGGAGACGAAGAGGUCAGCUGGUUUAGUUUCGAUCCAGAUUUUCAUAUUGAGAGAGAACAAAUGUGCUGCUACUUAACUCGUACGACAAAAUUUACACACCAAUUGAUCAGGGAUAAUUUGCAUGAGACCCCAACUUAUGGUGGAUGGGUCGAAUCAAAAGGUCCUAGGUACUGCCCUUCCAUCGAAGACAAGAUUGUUAGGUUCAAAGACAAAGAGUCGCAUCAAAUAUUCCUCGAACCAGAGGGCCGAGAUGUUCCUGAGAUCUAUGUGCAGGGAUUUUCAACUGGCCUGCCGGAGAAUCUCCAGCUGCCACUUCUAAGAAGCUUGCCAGGACUCGAAAAUUGUGCCAUGCUAAGGCCUGCCUAUGCUGUUGAGUAUGAUUAUUUGCCAGCUCAUCAGUGUUCCAAGUCCCUUAUGACGAAGAAAAUUGAAGGUCUUUUCUUCUCUGGUCAGAUCAACGGCACAACUGGUUAUGAAGAAGCUGCCGCACAGGGUAUUAUAUCUGGAAUUAAUGCUGCUAGACAUUCGGACGGUAAGAAACACAUUGUACUUGAGAGGGAGAGCAGUUAUAUAGGCGGGAUAGUAAAAUAUGUUUUUCUUCUCAAUGGCAGCCGUUCAGAACAUCGGCUUCUUCUUCGAUUUGAUAAUGCUGAUAGUCGACUCACGCCUCUGGGACGUGAACUUGGAUUAAUAGAUGAUAGACGAUGGAAGUUAUACCAAGAGAAGCAAGCAAGGAUUGCAGAAGAGAAGAUCAGGCUUAAAACUGUCAAGAUUUCAGCUGCAGGAGGUAAGUUAGCUGCUGAAGUUUCUAAUGUGUCUUCUCAGCCAGUUAAAGAAUCAGCGACGCUAGAGAGUCUAUUAAAGAAGCCACAUGUCCACUACAGCGUUCUUGAGAAGCAUGGCUUUGGAAACGAAACAUUAUCUAGAAUGGAGAAAGACUGUGUAGAGAUCGAUAUAAAAUAUGAAGGUUUCAUUCUGCGCCAGCAAAACCAACUGCAGCAGAUGGUCCAACAACAACAUAGACGACUUCCAGAGGAUUUGGAUUACUUUUCGAUGACAACUCUAUCUCAUGAAGGACGUGAGAAACUUUCGAAGGUGAGACCGCAGACGAUUGGGCAAGCAAGCAGAGUGGGCGGAGUGAGUCCUGCUGACAUAACAGCUCUGCUUAUAACACUUGAAUCGAACCGAAGAAGAAGUCAAGAGGAGAAGAGAGGGAAAAUAUUGGCGCAUGCCUUGGUAGAAUCCAAUCCACAUUUGGUAGAAAAUUUGGAGCAUAUGGUUAAUGAGUGA